AUGAGUAGCAAACCAAAAAAAGACUUUAGCGUUGCAUUUCUCUUACGCGACAAUAAUAAUAAUAAUGAUUGCGAUUAUGCAUAUCCUUCGAAUGGCAGUAGUCCAUCGAAAUCUUCAUGUUCACCAUCAAUGUGGAAUUCAAUUCCUUCGGCAAAUAAUCUUCAAAAUAGUACUUUAACAAAUAAUUCCAAUACGUAUUGGCUAUCGGAUCAAUUUGAUACAAAAAUUUCAUCGUUGCGUAAACAUAAAAAUGGUAGAAAACCGCGAACACCAUUCAGUACAACACAAUUACUUGCAUUAGAAAAAAAGUUUCAUCAACGACAUUAUUUAUCUAUAUCAGAACGUGCAGAAUUUUCAUCCUCACUUAAUCUAACUGAAACACAAGUUAAAAUUUGGUUUCAAAAUCGUCGUGCUAAAGAAAAACGUUUAUCAGAAGCUGAAUUAGAAAAAUAUCGUUUUAUACAAAUAAAAGAACAAUUAGCUAAGCAAUUCGAAAUGAAUUCAACUUAUUUUCCGUUUUGA